GUCUCAGAGAAAACAGCAGCAACUGGUGGAUGAGUCUUCCUCGUCUUCAUCACCCCCAGCUGUGGAGCUGCAGGACGAAUGCAGCAAACUUCAUGAUGUCGUCGCCAAAAUGGUUGCCAUGGUGACAAAAAUGGCACAUCUGAUGACAUCACAGCGAGGCAUUCGGGACCUGGAGGAAUUUCAGUUUGGACCUGAAGGAAGAAAAUGUCCUCUAUUUCACACCUGGAACACUGAACACUUUGAAUCGUCAUCUGGUUUCCUGUGGGAAGCGUUUAGUCAGGAGCUGAAGUUGAAGCAGGCCGUCCUGCAGGAAGUCGCUCACACUACAGACCCUGACCUUGACAUGGUCUUCCUGUCCUGCUGGCUACAUCAGCCCUACACCCCCCCCCAGACCAAACAGACCCUGGAGGCUCUGCUGCUGGAGACUGGACACCGCCCACUGUGAUGUUCAUCGUCUCCAGUCCAGAUCAAUUUCAAGGUCCUGAGAAUCCAGGUGUUAGCGUAGAUGUGUGAAACAAACAGGUGAACUCAGUGGCUCCGUUCAUAAUAACAGUGUUAAUAAUGUUCUAUUUAUUCCAUCAUUCAGUAUUGCAUCAGUAACCCAUCAUACAAACACUAAAACUCAGGAUAAAUAAUCAAUAAUUAAGUGUCACCAUGAAGAUUCAUCCACAAUGAAGUCAUGAAGACGCUCUGACCUUCAUCAAGGGAAAUCAUCGAACACUCGAUCAGUUUAUUGGAGGAACAAGAAAUGAGUUUAAUGAUCAAUGUGACAAAUCAAUAAUUUGAUUUCCUCCAAACUGUUUUCAGUCUGUCUAACUUUCAGUUGAAGUUAGGAAAAUGUUUGUGAAGUUAUAAAAAGUAAUAAAAAAAAGUGCAACUUUUUAAAACUUUUGUAUUUAUCUACAUAUAAACAAUCAUUUUCUAUUUUACA